AUGGAACUCGACUCCGACAGGGAAGAUUACCUCAAUAUCGAGGAAAAUGUCUAUACUCUGCAAGAUGUAGAUUGCAUCACUUUCGUAGAGAAGUAUGCGCACCCUCUGUCAAGUUGCCUUGAAUGUCACAAGGGCGAUCAAGACCUUUGCCGCUUCAAAAAUUUCAGACGAAUAGCACUGUCCGCUGCGCGUGUCGGUGCUGAUUUGCUUGGGGGUAGAUAUACCCAUUGGAAGAAAGCUGAUUCGACUACCCCGGACUUCCUCUACGCAAAGUCCUUUACCCCUCGGAUAUCGAGGCAAGAUGUCAAUUAUUUGAAAGGGUUCCCCCCUACGCCCCUUUCGGAUACUCGGACCCUCGGAGCCCCUCAGGCUCCGCCCUCGCGGCCUAUGCAUGUCUUCGCUGUGGGCUCCUCCGCGGAGCCUGCCUCUCACCUUGCUCUCUCCGAAAUCGGGACACUGCAGGGCUAG